GCGCCCCGCCGCGUUCUGCGUGAGGACGGCCGCAGGUGGAGCUCUCGUGAGCUCGUGGUGAGCGGUGUUAGCGCGGUGUACUUGUUAGUGGUGUACUUGUUAGUGGUGUACUUGUUAGUGGUGUGCUUGUUAGUGGUGCGCUUGUUAGUGGUGUACUUGUUAGUGGUGUCCUCGUGGUGUGAUCGCGGACUAACCCGCGCUGCGUAAACUACACACGGAGUCGUGCCGCCCGAGGGAGAGCAGCCGCUGCCAUGGAGCGCGUUCGGGAGAUGGUGGCGAUGAACCGCGAGGGUGACAACUACGCGGUGAUGGUGGAGGACGAGGAGGUGGACGAGGUGGAGAUGGAGGAGGGCUUGGGGAGCGAGACCGCAGCGAGAGAUCGGGUGCUGCACACGAUGGAAGAGACGACCACCGCUCCUUCGCAAGGCGCCGGCAGCCACAGGGGGCGCACAGGCUUUCUGCAGGCGGCGGUGCUGCCGGCGCUGGUGGUGUGCCUGGCUCUGGCAGUGCUCGGCUGUGCUGUCACCCUCACCCGCAGGAACAACGCCACUUUGAUAGGGAAGGAGCCGGCGCAGGUGUGCACGACGUGGGAAUGCGUGCGUGCGGCGAGCGACGUGCUGAGCUCCAUGGACCUCGCCGUGGACCCCUGCGAGGACUUCUACUCCUACGCCUGCGGGGAGUGGGGCCGUCACAACCCCCUGCCCAGCGGCAUGUACCAGUGGGGCAGCGCGGACGUUGUGCGCAGGAGAACACUGGGGCAGCUGCACAGGGCACUGGAUAACACCGACAUUCGGAACACCUCGGCCAAGUGGAAGGCCCAUGUUUUCUACCACUCCUGCAUGAACAAAGAAUCGAUCAAGAGAAGAGGCAAUCAGCCUCUGCUUGACAUCAUCGCUGAUAUUAAUAAAAACUUCCCGUUUUCAAACCAAACGGAAGCUGUGCUGAGGAAGCUGCACUUGGUGUACGGGGUCUCCCCGUUCUUCACUCUGAGGGUCAUGCCGGACCCCACCGACUCUCAACGCAGCGUGCUGUUUUUUUCCCAGCCUGAACUUGGACUUCCAUCGCAUGAACAUUUUCUCAACAAAACCCCAAUCGACAGCAAGGUGCUGCAGCUCUACCUCGGGUAUAUGACUGACGUCGAGCGACUGCUGGGGAUGCCCGAGGAUGAAGACUCGAAGGGGGGCAUCGCCUCUCGGAGACGGCUGACUGAGGCCCUGAGGGUUGAGUCCAGCCUGGCAGCCAUAUUCAACGAGCGGGGCGACCUCGACGACCCGGAGAAAGUGCACAAUGUGACUCUGCAAGAUAUGCAGAUCUUGGUGAGCCACAUCGACUGGGUGGCUUAUUUGCAAGCAAUCUUUGUCCCGUUCGCCUUCACUCUGCACGACAAGAUCAUCACACCUACCCUGGAGUACUUUAAGAAACUCGACAAAGUCCUUAACAGCAGCAGCGAAAGUGACUUGCGGGACUACAUCAUCUGGAGUCUGGUGCGAAAGCUCUCGCAGAAUCUGGAUGGCAGAUUUGAGGAUGCCAAGAGGGAUCUGAACGAGGCCCUCUACGGCGCCGACAGGGGCGGGUUUGUGCCGCGGUGGGAGUUCUGCGUGGAGCAGACAAGCAGGGCUGUGGGCUUUGGCCUGGGCUUGCUCUACGUGGAAUACGUCGGCUUCAACAGCACCCACAAGAUUCAGGUGGAAAAAUUAAUCAAGAACCUGUCUGCAGUCUAUAAGGAUACCAUAGACCAACUCAACUGGAUGGACAACGUCACGAGCGGGUUUGCAAAGGAGAAGCUGGACUCGAUUAUCUUACAUGUGGGUUACCCACUGUCUGAUGACCUGUACCCUGCAAUCACCGACUCAAGCUACAUGGAUCUGACCUUGACGGAUGAUUAUUUCCAAAACAUGCUGAACUACUACGGGUUUGAGAUGAAGAGCAUGAAGACGGCUUAUAAUCGGGGCCAGGACACACACAAAUGGACCAUGACCCCACAGACCGUGGAAGCUGACUACAACGUUUACUUCAACCAGAUCAUUGUGCCGGCCGCGGUGGCACAGCCUCCCUUCUACAGCACCAAAAACCUUCAGUUUGUGAACCAUGCAGCCAUUGGGACGAUGAUCGCUCACGAGCUGGUGCACGCGUUCGACACACGCGGCAGCCACUACAACUACAAGGGCACCUUGACGGAGUGGUGGACGCCCACCACGCGGAAACGGUUUGAGGAGAAGGCCGGCUGCUUUGAGCGGCAGUACGGGGCCUACGAGGAGCAGGGGUGGCACGUGGACGGGCACCGCACCCUCGGGGAGAACAUCGCCGACAAUGGAGGCCUGCACGUCGCCUUCCAGGCGUACGAGAACUAUGUGGGCAAGUACGGCGAGGAGGAGGUCCUGCCGGCCAUGAACUUCACCAACCGCCAGCUUUUCUUCAUCAUCUACGCCCAGACGUGGUGCUCGGUGCAGACCCCCCAGGCGCUGGAGGAGAGCUUCAUGACGGACGACCACAGCCCCCCGCGACUGCGCGUCAAGGGGGCGCUCUCCAACUCCGCCGAGUUCGCCCGGCAUUUCGGCUGCAAACUGGGCUCGGCUAUGAACCCCGAGAAAAAGUGCCAGAUCUGGUGACGCGGCCCGGCCGCCUGGCACUGUCGGACGCGACAAACGCGCUGAUCAUGGAGCCAGGGAUCUGUUGGAAGCGCAGUGGGGUUGGCGCUGCGGUUGGGUGCGGGGAAGAGUUUUUGCAACAACCAAACGAAAGCAGCAACACGAUUGGUUGAAUUGCAUUUAGUGAGUAAAUACAUGGUAUAAUUAUGCAUUAAGAUUGUAAUUAUGCAUCAGUCAAAUUAAUUUGAUUCUGAUGGUCGGGAUACGUGCAUCAUGCUGUGUGCAUGAGAAGAAUGUAUUGUUUGCGAUCCGUGUAAUUGUUUCACAUGACCCUUGCAGCCACCAGUAGCACUACAGCGCACCGCAGUGAUUAGAAUCGUGAUCGCUGGUCGUAACAAGUCGUCAGGGUGAUUUGUUCGUGGUCUAGUGUUCAUGCUUAGCGGCCAAAUGUAGAAUCAGCCUGUUCAGGAGGUAUCUUCAGUUUGGAUAACUGCUGUUUUCUUCUCCUUAUGGAUGUUUGCUUUUGUAGGUCUCGGGGCUGGCUCCCUUGCUGAAAUGCACUCGAGGGGUCAUUUUGUCUCCUCCAAUCUUCUUUCAGUAUCCUUUGUUUUAAGGAUACUGAUGAGAGUUGGCCAUUGUGUGCCUAUGCCAAGGCCAAAUCAUCAGUCCAUCAGGUCAUGUGCUUGAACCAAAAAAGGAGGAGGGGCGGCCAGUAGCUGUCUUGGCCUUCAUUCCACCACUUUUGGCAGUCGCGGCUGUUUUUUCAGAAUUGGUUUUAAACUACAAAACUGAAACUCGUAAUUUCAUGCUAAACAGAGCCCAUUCUGCUACAUUUGUGGAAUGGGCCAAAGUGAGUGCGAUUAGGGUGGGAUCGCAUCAGUCAUGUGGGUGUGUGCAUGUGACGCCUCCAGUCCGCAACAAAAUUGCACCAAAUUUAGUUAAACAUGAAGGAAAGAUGAAUAUGAGGAUAAUGAUAAGAUUGAAGAUGGUCGUGACAGUGACCUGUAUGAUGAUGCCGACCUGAAGUUAUAAUGAAUGCCUUUACAAUGUACAAAGGCCAGGCAAACUGCCAUACUGGACAAAUAAUAUCAAACUAUCCCCCAAGUAGACUAUGAAAUGAGAAAUAUGCAAAUGCAGACGUGAAGCACACCAAAUGACCACUGUUUAAUUUAUAAUAAGAUCCUUAUAAACAAUGCCUGCAUCUUUGAUAUGACUUUUAUAGGCUGUAAUGAGGUGUUAUUAUUUAAGACUGACUUGCACUAAAUUGCCUGGAGUAUUGGUAUUGCCUUUCUUGGGGUUUACUUCAGCGAGAUCAACUGGUAUAUUUAAAUUCCAGCAAGAACCUCUCAAAGCCAGGCUCAUUGGGGGGAGAACCUUUGGGGUUGUAUCUGGCAUACCGCAAAUUAUUAAAUGAAGUACAUGCAGUUGAUAUCUAAGUUAUUAACACUUCAUAUUAAAAUAUUUACAAUCUCGUAAGAAAAAAUAACUACAGUUUAAUCUGAGUCAUUGCCCAUUGCUGGAUGUGGAAGGUUGAAUGGAUUUUGUGAUGAGCUUGAAACCCCAUGUUUUAUUUGUAAAAUACAUUUUGAAAAAACAUGAAAGGGCCACCAACGCACGUGGUGUCCUUGGAAACGGGUUUACAGAAUUCCAUAUAACAGAAAAGCAAAGCACGUGAAUAGUGCUUUAGAGUUGGUUUAACACGUCGGCUUUCGCGACCAAUUUCCAUAAGAGGUUUUUGUGGGUUAGAUCGCGUAAAUGUCGUUAAACCCACCACCACCUGAUUAAUAUGGCUGUCGCCUGAUGAAGCUAGUUAUAAUUACUGGUGAAACGUCGUACUCUGAUUGUAAAUGUUGUGGCUUGGCUCUCCAACACACCGGUUAUUGCUGUACUCGUGACGAAUUGGCACGUUCUGUGUACAUGGCAACCCUUACUAGUUGGCCGUGUCGGGUGGUGGCGGGUUUAACGACACAAUUAUAUCUUUACGCGAUCUAACCCAAAAAAACCUCAUGAGUGCUUUAGAAUUGUUAGAUCACUUACACCAUCUUCACCCGCCAGCAGCUUCCUUAGCCGGCGAGCAGAGUUCUGGUUGGAGGCGUCUUAUCUACAAGCAGCACAGUGUUUGAAAAAGGAAGCUUUUUGGAUUACCCCAAAUCCUGGCCUUAUUCGAGUCUGCCUUUGAGAGGUUAUACGGUGUUUCACUUUUGUGUGUUUUUUAUGGGGGUAUGACAUUGCAUACAAAUGGUGUAUAUUUUACUCUGCAGUGAAGACAUGGAAAUAAAAUAGGACAUUAAAUGUUUUUAUUGCACACUAGCUUUACUACCCGGCUUCGCCCGAGACGUGGAUUAAUACACGGUCUACGCGGAGGGUGGGGGGGGAUGUGUGACGUCAGCAGGCACACUGCGUGACGCUACCGCAUGCGGUGACGUCACAGAUGUGACACGCAUGUGACGUCACCGCUCACUUGCCGUACAACAUACAGUAUAUGCAUUAUUGCGCCCCCCC